UUGUCACCUCAUAUUUUCGUAUUAUCAAGUUUAUUACAUCUUUCUGUAUGAUUUACAUGUUAUUAUUAUUUACAUUUACUCAGGUGGCAUGUGCUCCUAUGUCACAUGUUGGGUCGGCAAUUUUUUACAACAAAUUAAAUAAAAACGAAUGUUGGAGCGAGGAUGAUUUGGCCAAAUUACGGGCGAGAAGAAUCUUUGAAUUGGCCAUGCCACCCAGUGUAAAUCCAGAAAAAAUGAACGGUAGGUAUUUAAAGGAGAUGCAAAAGUACUUUCGUCAAGCUCUUCGUAAUGUUGGUAAAGAAACAAACUCGCACUGUGCCACUCUUUUAAAGGCAGCUCUCGCCGACACUAUCGGUGCUCAUUUGACCAAAGAAAUAUUGCCAACUGCUAGAUUUUCAUAUUACGCCGGUUACGUGCCUUAUAGAGAUGUCAGAGAAUUACAUAACUUUCUGGAACAAAUCAAGUUACUUUUGAAUACUCAAGGUUUGGGUUGGGCUCGACCGGAUCGUAUUCCGCAGUGGUCUAAUUUAACCGUCGUUAAAGUUUUUGUUAGACACGGAAAACUCUUAAAUCCAUGUUCGGGUUUGGUCAUGAAGAGAGACGUAAACUCCUGCAUUCACAUCCCGGUGCCCAAGCUGGACGAUAAGGAUGAACCAUCAGCGAUCGCAUUGCCUUUUAAAUUAGGAGGUAUGGUCAGUUUGUCUUCGCCGCGAUCUGAAAAUAUUUUGCUUAAGUAUUACACGACAGCGACGAGAUGUAUUUUACACCAUUCUCCGAUCACAUGUCGGCACGUCGACUUCUUGAAUUUUAAUAAUGAUAUGUGGCAUUGGAUGCAAAAUGACGUCGCACCGCAUCUUGCCGAUGAAAAACUUUACUCAGCUUUUGGAGGAGUGUUACGAAUAGCCGCCGCUGUGCAAAGCUACGGCAAAGGCUUAUCGCGUCGCAACCUUUACGAAAACGAGGAACGAGUGGUCUCUAGAUGGCAUCCAUGGAAGGGUCUAAGUGAGACGUACGUUUACAUGGACCCAGAUUGGACUCCAAAACUAUAUGUUAUUCUAGUAGUAUUAGCCGCCGCCGUUAUUUGCCUUUCACAAAUUUGUUAUACUUUUUUACUUGGUAAAAGUAACGGGUGUCAUUGUACAGAACGACAGCAAAAAUAUCAAAAUGUAAUGGCUUUCACGAAAGACGAACUCGUUAAUCCCACAAUUUUGCCUUCGCAACAUAGCUCGUUAUUCUAUAACCAGCACGCGCGUCUAAGGCGCUUGCCGGCAAAAACGAAAAUAUCUUAUCGUAAUUCAAUAAGGACAGAAAAGGUUUACGAUCUCCAUGAUAAUACAGAGACGAUGGCGGUUAUCAUGAGCGAUAACGAAGAUACAAGCGAUGAAGAUUCUCUUCCGGUUAUCAACCAGGAAGGCAGCGGCGAAAACGUUGGAGCGAUUCGAUCGAAAAGCCCGCCGAAAAUAGAAACCUCCAUAUCUGAAGUGAAAAUAGUGAAACGGACUAGACCGAAGCGAGGGCAAAUGUACUCUACGAGCACAAACUCUCAUUCGGAGUUGACUUAUUGUCGCGAGCAUCAGGACACGGGCUCGCCGUGGUCGGGCAGCUCCACGUCAGAACAGUCCAUUACUUCGGAUAGUUCCAAAUCUCAUGGACGCAAAUCGAGGAACUCGCGUGACUUGGCGUGGGCACGCCGCGUCGCCUCCAAAGCGUCGCAGGCAAAGUCGACGACGUCCGGCACAGAACUGGACGUCAAUUCGUUCACAACACCGCCAUCGAAGCAUUGACCGUUAUUUUUUAAACUUAAUUGUUAGAAAGUCUUGAUAGGAAUAUUAACUUUGUGAAUAGA